GCAAACACUUUCAACAUGUCGUCAUCCUCUUCGUGCGAGCAUUUGGAGCUGUACACAUAGAUCAGCAGAAGUCAGAUACCACAGAUCUAUCUCUUCUUGCAGCGGAAAGAUAUGAAGUAGCACGUGUUGAAAAGACAACUCCAACUUGUCCGAGCAACAAAGUUGCUUCAUCUUACCCCAGCAUUGCAUGGAUCGACUGAUGGAAGGAUGAACAGGGUAUCCCGAUUUAACCGCUUUGCAAAUGGUGAUCUGAGUGAACCUAUCGCCUGGCUCAUGAUGUACGAGAAGAAUCGUCGACUUCAGUAUUAUGCGGAUACUGAAGACAAUCGCCAAAGAAGAGCCACAAGACUUGCGCACGAAAGCGGAGGCAUCACUAAAGCUGCCAGUGCCUUAAUUUCCCCAGCACCUUCACCGCGCAACAACGACACGCUGGAGCAUCUUCGCAACCUACACCCUAACGAAGAUCCUGACGAUAUUGCUACUGCGUGGGAUUCCAGCAUCAAAGCUGCAGGAGAUCGUAUAGAAACGCACAAGAUCGACUCCGUCGCCGAACCUGAUGAACCAUUCGAAAUCAAGUUCAUCAAGCAGACGGUAAAGAAAGCCAACCCUCAGAGUGCUCCGGGGCCUGAUGGUCUUCGUUUUUCGUAUCUCCAAGCUGGUGGGAUGAGUGAUUUUUUUACUGAAACGUUGGCGGACUUCAGCUUUAAAGUCUUCUACUACGGAGACGAGCUUCCGGAUUUCUUUUGGAACCUCCACACCAGUGCCAACCUUUCAGCGCUGGGAGAGAAAAAACGGCCGAUUGCAGUUGGAGGGGUUUUGCGUCGCAUCAUCAGCGGCAGCUUCUGCCGCCAGUACAAGGGAGGAAUUGCGAACAUCUUCGAAGCAGCAAAUCAGUUCGGAGGUGGUGUUCCAGGAGGAGUUGAAAUAGUGGCUUCCACAGCAGCCCUCAGCCACCAGCAAGGCAGCACCAUUCUCUCCUUUGAUGGGAAAAACGCUUACAACAGCAUGCGCAGAUCUUCCAUCUUGCCAGCAGUGGCCACUCAUACGCCACACUUGGUGAAGUACUUCGGGAACAUCUACGCUCGAACCAAGGCGAAACUUCUGUUCAAAAUGGAAGAUGGUUCGAUCGAGGUUGUUCUUUCACAGCGCGGAGUUCAACAAGGCUGCAAUUUGGGAGGGUUUGGCUUCUGUGUAGGACUUCUUGAUAUCAUGAAAGAGUUCAACAACAAGCCACCAGUGCCAGGAGUGAAACUCAUCGGAUACGUCGACGACCUCCAAGCACAUCUUCCACCAGGUUUGGCUAGGAACAUGCAGGCCAUAUCCACUGUAACGAAUUGGAUUCAGGAACGUCUCUCCCAAAAAGGGAUUGAGCUCAGUCUCCCGAAAUCCAAAGUGCUUU